AUGGAAAACCAGACCAUUGUGGAUGAGUUUAUUCUUCUGGGGCUUUCUGAUGAUGCAACACUCCAAGUUUUCCUGUUUCUGAUUUUCUUGUCCAUCUACCUAAUAACCCUUGUAGGAAACAUGCUUAUCAUGCUGGUGAUAAGGGUUAACCCUCAGUUACAUACCCCGAUGUAUUUCUUUCUUACUAACUUAUCCUUCCUUGACAUCUGCUAUUCCUCAGUAACAGUUCCCAAGAUGCUUGAAAGCCUCCUAGCUAGUAAGAAGACAAUUUCUCUCAAUGGCUGCAUCACUCAGAUAUUUUGCUUCAUUUUCAUGGUUGGAACAGAGAUCUUCUUACUUUCAGCAAUGGCAUAUGACCGCUUUGCUGCCAUUUGCAACCCACUGAGAUACAGCACCAUUAUCAGCCACCGUGUAUGUGUCCAAAUGGUGGUAGCUGCAUGGAUAUCGGGCUUCUUGGAUUCCCUUGUUAAUACCCUCUUUUUAACUGGCUUGCACUUCUGCGGUCCCAGAAAUAUUAACCAUUUCAGCUGUGAGUUGCCUUUGCUGCUGCAGCUGUCUUGCAGUAGUACCUUUGCCAAUGAAAUGGUGAUUCUGACCUUCAGCAUGACAUUAGGGUUUGCCUCCCUCCUUCUAAUUGUAGCUUCCUAUAUGCGCAUUAUUAGCACCAUUCUCAAGAUACGUUCGGCGGAAGGAAGGCAGAAGGCAUUUUCUACUUGCGCUUCCCAUCUCACUGUGGUCCUCCUGUUUUGUGGGACAGCAUUCAUUAGGUACAUGAGACCUGCAUCUGGGUACUCAGAGACAUUAGACAAGCUGGUGUCCAUUCAAUACAGCAUCCUCACCCCCAUGUUAAACCCUAUCAUAUAUAGCCUAAAAAACAAAGACGUGAAGAUAGCUUUAAAUAAGCUCCUAAGAAAAUGA